AUGGAGCGGGAUACUUACGCUCUAUAUCGUACCUUGGAGGUACAAAAAACUGCUACCGAAGAAGAGAUUAAAAAAGCAUAUAGACGUUUAGCACUAAAAUUCCACCCAGAUAAAAAUCCAGGUGCUACCGAUCAGUUCAAGUCGAUUACUCAUGCUUAUGAAAUCCUAAGCGAUCCAAAAAAGCGUCAAGUGUACGAUAAAUAUGGGGAAAUGGGAAUUAGUAUGCUGGAUUCUGUAGCCGAUGGUUCUGUAUCAUGGAAUUAUGGAAUUGUUUUCGUACCAAUAUGGAUUGAAGAUAUUCUUUUAUUUUUUGUUAGAGAACAAGCUAGGGAAGCAAGGAGAAAACAGCUAAAAGCUCUCUCAAGGACGCGGAAUUUUUUAUAUAAUAUUUAUUUGGUAAUGAUCUUAUUAUUUCAAGUUUUUAUCGUUCUUCGAGCUGAUGAUAUAAUAAGAUGGAGUGCCGCUAUUAUAUUUGCUCCUUAUUUUGUUGUUGAAGCAAUCAAUUUAUAUCCUACUUUCAUAGAAUAUUUGGAUCUGUUAAAAUCUCCUAUAGUACUUGAUAUCAAUGGCAAUCCUUCUCUUUAUCUUAAGAUUAGGUGUUUCAUUGAUACUUUUUGGUGGUUUGCCAUCCGUAUAUCUCUUGCUAUUUUGAUUGUGCUUAGAAUCGAUCAAAUUAUCAUUUGUAGUUGGGCCGUCGUUUUCAUUCCAUUAUAUUUAGUUGGUAUUAGAUAUGGUUUUCAAAUUUUAUGGCUCUGGUGGAAUUUAAGGAGAACUGAGCCUUUACAAAAUAAGGGAAGAGUCGAUGUUAUCGUUGGUGCCAUUGCAUUUUUCUUGGUGGGUUCCUUAUCUUAUAUUGUUGUAGGAUUAUUGGCUAGUAGGUUGGAUGGUAAUACGGGAAUAAAAUUAUCUUCAAUCCUAAUUCCUGUAUUUAUCACAUUAUCGCUCGUCUUUUGUUGUACGGGGUGCUGUUUACCUUGUGCUCUCUUAGCAUGGAAUGUGGAUGAUCUUGAAAGUGGUUCGGAUUCUGCGUUUAAAACUCAUGACAAACGGAUUACUUAUCCUACAGCGGCUGGUCCAAGUACUUCAUUUGCUAGUGGUAGCAAUGGAACUGUAUAA